UCAACAAUUAUGGUUUCCCAACACGUAGCAAUUGAAAGAAUCAUCCAACGCCACGCACUCUCUCUGGAUCCGAACACGCCGAUCUCACACUAAUAACAAAACCAAAAAUCACAUCCAUUAAUUAACCCCAUAAUAACCCUGCUUAAUGCUUAAUGCUUAAUGCUUAGCUUAACUCCAUAAUCUUAAUCCUCUACGACAACCCCACUUAUCCUCCGAAACAUGUCGUCCUUCGACUCCUUCCCCAACGACGACGGAACCCACCACGACCCCACCACCCGCCCCUUCGACGACGAUGGCUACAUGGGCUACGACCCCCGCCUCUCCUCCCAGCGCUACGACGCGUCGUUCAACCCUCCCACCCACGACGACGACGACGACUUCUCCUCGUCCGCCGUCGACCCGGCGCCCCCUCCCCUCCACACUGAUUUCCAAGACGACGUCGUUCUCCCCGGCGGCGGAGGCCACAACAGCAGCCAUAGCAUUGACCAGCAGUCGCCCGAAAUCUACGGCUUCGGCAUUUCCACCCCUAACCCCGACUACGUGUCGCCGUUUGAUUCGGCGGUGCCCGAGGACAACGACGUAGGCGGUGUGGGCGGUGGUGGCGGCGGCGGCGACGACGAUGGGGACAUUUUCGCCUCGAGUGAGCCGGUGCUGCCUCCACCAGAGGAGAUGCGAGAGGAAGGCUUUGCUCGGCGCGAGUGGCGUCGUCUAAAUGUCAUCCAUCUGGAAGAAAAGGAACAAAGAGAAAGGGAGAUGCGGAACCAGAUUAUUGAGGAAGCUGAGGAAUUUAAACGGGCUUUUUAUGAGAAACGGAAGCUCAAUUGUGAAACUAACAAGGCUCACAACAGAGAAAGGGAGAAGCUUUACCUGGUCAACCAAGAGAAGUUCCACAAAGAAGCUGACAAACAUUAUUGGAAAGCAAUAGCGGAGCUGAUUCCUCGUGAGGUCCCUAAUAUUGAGAAGAAGAGAGGGAAGAAAGAUCCUGAUAAGAAUCCUUCAGUGCUGAUCAUCCAUGGUCCAAAACCUGGGAAACCAACCGAUCUUUCAAGGAUGCGGCAAAUUUUCAUUAAGCUGAAACAGAACCCUCCACCACACAUGAUACCUCCUCCCCCACCUGCCAAAGAUGGUAAGGAUUCCAAGGAAGUGAAGGAUGCAAAGGAUUCCAAGGAAGGAAAGGAUGCAAAGGAUGCCAAGGAAGGAAAGGAUGCAAAAGAUGCAAAGGAAGGAAACGAUGCCAAGGGAGGAGAGGAUGCAAAUGAUUCCAAGGAUUCCAAGGAAGGGAAGGAUGCCAAGAAUGGAAAAACUAUUUCGCCCAUUGCAGCCGGUGCUGCAGCUGCAAGCGCACCUGUUUCACCUGCCAAAGAUGUUACCGCUAAUACCACUCCCAACUCAUCAAAAGCAGAGACUCCGGCUGAACACGAGGGUGAGCAACCUGCAGAAACCAGGCCAACCCCUGCAGAGUGAUGACCCAUCAUAUUUUUCAUUAUUUUAGUUUAUUCAUUCUUCUUCUUACAAAUCAUUACGAAGAAUAAGCACAAUCUUUAUCGAUGAUCCAGAGUCUGCAGCAUGGAGUGUAUAGACUGCAGAGGUUUCUUCCUGACUUGGUGUUUAGGGUUUUGUAGGCUAGCUACUUUGUUGCGUUCGGUGUUUGGCAUUCAUGUUUUUUAGCUUUUUGAGUUACGUUCGUCCUUUGAUCCAA